AUGACAGAACCUGAAACCGUAGCCCUGCUGGAAGUGAAAGGGUCCGAGGCUUUGGAAAAGAGCCUACCCCAGGACCUGCUUCCCAAUGGCCGGCAGCCAGAAGAGGAAGGUGGGGCUGAGUCCCACAGGGUGGAGUCUUCGGUUGGGUCUCCCAUGGCUGAAGAGGGGACUGUGGAUGGUCUGGACAGCACAGUGAGUGAAGCUGCCACCUUGCCCUGGGGGAAUAGCCCCCAGCCCAGUGCUCCGUUCCUGGACCCCCCUGGCUGGCGGGGCAUUGAGCUAGAGCCCAUAGAGUCAGAGCCACCCCCUGGGCUAGAGGGGUCACCCGAAGAUGAUGCGAACCUGCUGCCUGAGAAGGCGGCCCGCACCUUUGUGCCCAUCGACCUACAAUGUAUUGAGUGCCGGCCCCAGGAGGACCUCAUCGUGCGCUGUGAGUCAGGCGAGGAGGAGCACCAAGCCUUCCUGCCCACCCGGGCCACCCACCCUGAGCCCCCUGAGUGCAAGUGGGCUGAGGCAGUGGUGAGACCACCUAGCCGGUCCUGCGGGGGCUGUGGGGGCCGUGAGAGGCUGAGGGCCAUGGCCUCAGUAGGGGCGGCCCUCAUCCUCUUCCCCUGCCUACUGUACGGGGCAUACGCCUUCCUGCCCUUCGAUGCCCCACGGUUGCCCACCAUGAGUUCCCGCCUGAUCUACACGCUGCGCUGUGGGGUCUUUGCCACCUUCCCCAUCGUGCUCGGGAUCUUGGUAUAUGGGCUGAGCCUGCUGUGCUUUUCCGCCCUACGGCCCUUCGAGGAGCCCCGGCGGGAGGUGGAGAUCCACCGGAGAUAUGUGGCCCAGUCAGUGCAACUCUUCAUCCUCUACUUCUUCAACCUGGCUGUGCUUUCCACCUACCUGCCCCAGGACACCCUCAAGCUGCUCCCGCUGCUCACUGGCCUCUUUGCCAUCUCCAGGCUGAUAUACUGGCUGACCUUCGCCGUGGGCCGCUCCUUCCGAGGCUUUGGCUAUGGCUUAACUUUCCUGCCGCUGCUGGCCAUGCUGGUGUGGAACCUGUACUACAUGUUCGUGGUGGAGCCCGAGCGCAUGCUCACUGCCGCCGAGAGCCGCCUGGACUACCCGGACCACGCCCACUCCGCCUCAGACUACAGGCCCCGCCCCUGGGGCUGA